GAGGACAUUGUUUUAGACCAGUUAUUGAUCAACUGAGUUCCUACAUUUAGGAGCAAACCAGAUCCAUCUGAAUGCCUGAGCUUGAGUUUAGACCAAAACCGUGGAAUCAACCAAAUUGUCAUUGGCAGCCUGUAAUGAUGUCCGCUUUUCAGAAGCCCCCACAGAAGGGUCGUACUAGUAUUCACCGGGAGAAGAUCAAGUCCACUUCAAAUCCCAUGGAACCUACGGUUAGCUACAGACAGGCUAUCAAUCUCCUUCUAGGGGACCAGAUAAGUAAUCUAGAGAAACACACGGAUAGGGGGAUAGACUAUGUGGACAGGUUUGGCAGUUUUGUCAAGGAGAGACAGAAAAUCGAGAUUGAAUAUGCAAGCCAACUCAAGAAGCUACACAAGAACUACUUACCGAAGAAGAAAGAGGAGGAAGAUUACAAAAGGUACACGGCUCUUCACGCAUUCAGACAGAUCCUCUCUGAAGUGAACAGUAUCGCCAACCAGCACGAGCUGAUUGGAGAGUACUUGGUUACCAAUGUCCUGAAGGAGGUCCAAGCACUCAUCUCAGAGCUGAGGUCGGAGCGCAAGAAACAUCUACAGGAGUUCAAGCAAGAUGAUAACAACCUCGAGAAGUCCAUCCGCAAGAUGGAAGGGACGAAGAGUACCUAUAAACACAGUCAUGAAGCAUGGAUGACCUCCAAAAUGAACUUUGAGAAAGCUAACGAGGAUAUGAACCAAACCAAGGCACAAGUGGAGAAGUAUCGAGCCACGAUGAACGGCAAGAACUCUCAGAAGUGUGAAUGUAAAGACAACUACAUCCUGCAGCUUGACAACACAAACAAGGAGCAGAGAGAUUUCUACUACACAAAAAUACCACAAAUAUUCAAUAAAAUCCAAGAAAUGGAUGAGAGGAGGAACCAGCGUCUUGGAGAGUUCUACACAUCUUACGCGGAAGGUCAUCGGCAGGUCAUCCCCCUGAUCCAAAACUGUCUGGACACUAUGACCAGUGAGGCAGAGAAGGUCGAUCCGUCCAAAGACUCCAGACAGACGAUAGACAGGUACAAAACAGGGCUUGUCCCGCCCGAUGACAUCCAAAUGAUCGACUUUGAUGAGUUACAGCGAAAAGAAUCCAAUGUAGACACUGUCUCGAUGCACAGCCUCCAGAGCCUCAAGGACGUGGAUAAGAACGGGACGCUCAGCUCCAUCGCGAUGCGCAAACGCAGAGCCAAAGGGACUAUAUUUGGCAUGUUUGGGAAGAAGGGCCUCGGGCGUGAGGAGGAUAAGGACGGCUCGCGCGCCUCGACCAGCAUCAAGAUGAAAAUCCCACACACACCAUCCUUUAGACGCAAGAGACCACUGUCGUUUUUUCAGGAGGAGCCCAAGGAGGAUUUCAGUCACUUGCCACCCAACCAGCAGUCAAAAAAACUGAAGGAGAAGCUGGAUGAUCUCAACAAUCUCAUAGAGUCAGAAGUCAAAUCAAAAGAGGGGCUCCAGAGAAUGAGAGAGGUUUACACAAAGAACCCAACUUUAGGUGACCCGGCCAGUGUAGACCGGCAGCUGGCAGAGAUAGGCAAGAAAAUGGACGUUCUGAGAAUGGACCUUAAUAAAUAUCAGAAAUUCAUGGGGCACUCACCAUACAAAAAUAACUCUCUUCCAAGUGGCUGCGAGCUGACACCUACAGAUACAGAUAAUGAUAACGAGCAAAACGAAGAUACUAGCGAACCAAAGGGGCAUCGGCAAAGCGUUCUGGCCGAAAUUAAGAACUACUUAGCUCAUGCUGAGGGGAGGCCCAUCACCACCACCCCCCAGGGCACACCCCAGAGCACACCACAGGGCACACCCCAGCAGCCAUCCAAGACGCACGACCAUGGCCGGGAGUCGGAGACGGAGAGGCUCCCCCCAAGCGGGGCUGAGACACCCCAGACUAUCACCGAGCACGACGGACAGAACUCAUCUGGAGAGCCACUCAGUAGCCCUGGUUGGGGAGGACAAAACAGCUUUGAUGAUCAAGAUCGAGAAGAGCCGAUUGGAAAAUGUCGAGCUAUCUAUGAAUUCACAACUGAUGAUGAAAACCUACUAUGCCUGGGGAAGGGAGAAGAGGUGGAGCUGAUAGAGAAAGAUAGCGGUGAUGGCUGGACAAGGGUUCGUCGCGGAGAGGAUGAAGGCUACGUACCUACUACUUACAUCGAGUACAUGUAACACGCGUAUAAAAUGGCUAUGUGGGACUGAGCUGAGAACAUGAAUGGUUUUGUGUAGCACGCUGUGCAACACAACACGUUGGACUGAACAUAGAACUUGAAUUGUACAUCUUCCUUUAGUUUGAAGAAGAAGAUACUUUGAAGCAAGCAGGAGAGUUGGAAUGCAGACCAGAUAUGUGAUCUUGAAACGGGGAAUAAGUGAGCUUCGGCGACAGAAGGAAAUGUUUUAAACAAUGACAUACCAGCCAGGGUGCAUUUUCUUGCAAUGUGUCAGCCAUGUUGGAUAGACACAGUCUGUGUUUGGCAUGAAGCACUCAUGGCAACACUACAACAUGAGAUUAGCAUUGGAGAGGUUCUGAGAGUGAUAGUGUGGAAAUGUCUUGCUGAAGUCACAAAUAUGGAUCAAAAUGAAUGACUGGAUGCAUGUACCAUUUUUUUUUAUAAAAUAAAACAAAAUUGUGGCGCUUUAACCCAGUCACGCUGCAAGAAACUGAGUAAUGCAUUUUAUAUGUAAAUGAUAAGCACACGCUGAUAUUAGUGUUCCCUUAUAAUGAAAACAGCAUUGUGUUGGGGAAAUUUUGUAAAUGUACGUAGUAGAAUUAGACACUCACUUUCUGAUCAGUAACAUGCAUUGAAUAGAGGUAGAUUGGGUUGGUAUUAAGCUACAUGGUUAGACCGCUUCAGUCGUAUCUGAAGAAUACAAUGCUUUUGAUCUGACCUUCAUAGCAAGGUCACCUGUAUAUACUGGCCACCAUUUACUUCUGCUUCUUUAGAUGUGGAAAAUAUUCUAAAGACCAGGGGGGCAUUUCACAAAACUUGUUCUCAGUGACAAAUGACAGUUUUUGUUUUAAGCUAGUGAAAUCCUUGCUUCUGAUUGGUUAUCAACAGAUUUGUCACUGAUUUUUGUCAUUUGUCAUUGAAAGAAGGCUUUGUGAAACAGGUCCAAGCUGGUAGCAGAGAUCACUUUGUUGGUCAUAUCAUUAUCGGGCAUUUGCACGUAGGUACACACAAUUUCUUAAGUUGAUAGGACUAAGGCUGCUCAUACAUCAACGAUAAUGGUAAUGAUAAUGGAUUUUGUAGUUUUAGUUACAUGUACAACUAUUGGUGAUAAGUAAGUGAUAAGUUACCAGUCUUCAACAGGAGUUGUGACGUGGCAUGAACAACAAUGUUGACCAGAACGUCACAUGAAGCUUUAUCUCUUAUGGACCUAGUCAGUAUUGCUUUCAAUUCCCUAACCUUAGGCCUGUAUUCUACUAAAACUACUUGGAUUUAAACCUGAUCCUGGGUUCAGGCUUUUGUUCAAAACUGGGUUCAACAAUGAAAGUUUCCUGGGGUCUAAGUUUUCCUUUUUGGUAAAUGUGAGAUUAGACCCAGAGUUGGGUUUAACAGAAAUGAGCCCAGUUCAGAAACACAACAGUAAAGUGUUUUUUUUAAUGAUGAUGUAAUCUGUAAUGUGCUUCACGUUUCAUAUCACUUAUAACACAGAGCUACAUAUGAGUGAAUAUGCAAAGGACCUUUGUUGCACACAGUUGCCAUUUAUUACUUGAAAUAAAAAAUGAGGGUUGAAAAACAAAAGAAUUUAGGUGGUUUACCAUGUUCUUUCUGAGUGAGCCUUUAGUAGAAUACAGACCUAUGUAUUCAGGGUUAUUGAAACAUAAGCUUUGAAGCAUUGGAUACGAUUUAUUAUCUAAUACAACAUUAAACCGCCAGCCAGAUACUAGAUUAGGUGUAUGUUAUACAUACGCUCAAUUCACUUGGCACUUUAGAAAAUAGAUAAUUCACAGAAGCCUGACACUUAAAAUUGUAAUGGAUGUGAGGAUUUUUUUAACAAGGAGCACCACUGUAUAAAUAAAUUUAUUUAAUCAUUUCAUUGAUUGUAGACUGAGCCAGAUCCUUAUUUAAACAUCCAGAUUACAGUGCCGUCACUAGCACUGUUUAUUGCCAGUAUACUCAAAAGUUGUGUAUCCUUUGAUAUGAGUGUAAGUGUCUUUCAUUUUAUGUGUUUUAUUGCAAUUAUUAGGACAUCAGAUUCAGUCAAAAAAAUGUAUAAUGUGAACAAAGUCUUUUAAAUAGUUAUUUGAUUGUUUUGUGUGUUUUUUUAUGCUGAUGUUGAAAGAAAUAUUACGAAGCAGCUUUGAUACACAUCAAAGCGAUUUGCCCCAUACCACAAGAACUGUGCACCAGAAUUUUUUUUUAAUUGUUAUUACUCAAUCGGUAAUUGUUUGCAAACAACACAAAGAUCUUGCCAGUGUGUUUUACUAUCUCUUCAUAUAGCCCAGUUACAGACACGAUCAAAGUAUUUUAAGACUUGUGCACUUUACUUCUUCAUUUCAAGUUUUUUAAUUUGAGACUUAGCAUAAUCUGUGAAUUAUGAAAUAAAUGAUCUGUGAGGUAUGCUUUUAUUCUCUACUUUUUUUUCCAGUUGACAUUUUGCGAUAAUAUUAAGAGUCCUGGAUGAAAUGCACAUUUGAGCAGGAUGGUUGAAUCUUGCUAACAUCUUAAGCAAGGAGAUGGAAUUAGAAAUAUAUUUAAUUCACACAUUGUCAAAUAAUGUGAAUGUAGACUCUAGGGCAAAUUUUAAUUGAAAAUGAAUAUGUUGAUUGUGGUAUAGUAAGUAAUCUAAUAUUCAUUUGCAUUUGUUACUGCAUUUACAAUUUCACGAAUCCUAUAGAAUAAGUACAUUACAUAAAAACUAACAACCAUAUAUAUUUUAUUUGUUGUUAGGAAAGAUGUUCACCACCAAUAUAAAUUGUAAUUUAUAUAAUAUAUAUAUUAUGUAUCAUUCCUCUUGUACAAUAUUCUGUAUGUUAUUCUACGUCCACAUUCAAAAGAGUAAGAAAUUAAUGAUCAGCGCACCAUCCUAGAGACAUGGACACCCAGUGUAUAAUGUUCAUUUACAUCUCACAGUUUGCAAAAGUAUGAAAAACUAAGCAUUUUUGGAGAAAAAAUUACUUAGUGGUCAUACCUUUUUUACUCACAAGUUGAUUUUAUUCACAAGUUCGAAAUCAUCAUUAGUUUUUCCAAGUAACUUCAAUAUAAUCUAUAUCUCUCUUUCUUAAGUUGUUCUAUUGAAUAAUUUAUUGCACCGUCAUGGCAUUUUCCUUAUUUUUCUAUAUGGCCAGUAGUUGGUAGAGUCCUCGCUGUAGAUUAAGUGAGGUUGUUUUUUUACAGAUGCUAUUAACUAAUCCAAUUGUAAUUAGACUUUACUAUCUGUUUCUUACGUUAAUUAAGAUGAAUAUUUCCUUGGUAUAAGCAUCCCCUGGUCUUCCAUAAGAAUUGAUUUGUCAUUCCUCCCAAACUGAGAGAUUUGCUUUGAAGUGCAUGAAUUUGUGCGUUGUUGGCCCUAUUAGUACCUAGAUAAUAUUACAUACAUGUACAUACACUUGGGGUCUGCAACAUGUACAGUAUCAUUUAUUUCAAUAAUGGAGGUAUAAGUACUGCAAAUUUAGCUGUGUAUUUGCCUGGAUUAAUUUCCAAAACAGGAAUUUGAAGUUGCAAUUUUGUAGUGUAUACUGCAGAAGGAGGGCACCGCAGACAUAUCAAAGAUGUUGUCAAAAAUGAAGUCCCAUACCGAUUCAAAGUGAGACUUUUUAUCAUAGGAUAUCAUGCAUUACCUUUGACAGCUUCAUGGAAUUCAUGGAUUCAUUGUCUUAAUGGCAGGAUCUAUUAUACAUCAUGAUAUGCUAGAUGAAAACAAAAAUCAGAAAAGGGGGUACAUGUAUUUUCUUAAGCAAAGAAACAGGUAGUGUAUCUUGUAAAUUUCUCCCGGUUUAUCCAUUGCCCAGAAAUCUACUACAUAAUAACAAGAAAAAGAAUGUGCUUGCAUUAGGUUCAUACUUCUACUUUUGUUGUUAUUCUUUAAGUAGAUUGUAUAUGCUGAGGAUAGGUGUGUAUGAAAAUAGGAUGACUAUAAUUAUGUAUCAAGUGAUACAUACUUUGUAAUGGUUAACACAAUAUAUAUUAUGGAACAUCACCCUGCACAGUUGGCAAUGUUAAAUCUUGCUACAUUUUUUCUCUUAUUAUGGUGAGUAUACAGAUGUAUAGAUACUGAUAAAUCAUUGGAUAUACACAAAUUGUUUAACAAGGUUUAUCUAACAAAUUUUGAACAAUGGCAUCGUGGUUGAUUUUCUUUUUUACAGCUUUUUUCUUAUAUGUUGAAACGCAUCGGUUUUGUGUGUUUAAAUGUGCAAAUAUAUUUGUUGUUUCGACUUGUUUGUCUGUUUUAUCAUAUCAACAAUUCUCUUUUGUUUGUGAACGAUGGUAUGUGAAGAUUUUUUAUUGAUAUUCCAGCCCCAGAUACAUGUAAUAUUACAUUAUUCUUAUUUUAAUGAUUUUGUAUACCUUGUGCAUAUUCCACUUAUAUUAAGGGAGAAAUAGCACAUGUUUAUUUCCAGAGCCUUAAGGUCUGGAGUCUUAUUAAGGGAGGGGCGUUUGAUAAAUUUUCUCUGCUGUGAUAGCAUACUUUAAAAAAAAAAUUAGUAGAUAUGUGAUAGGAGAUUAAUAAGAUCUGGGAGAUGAAGUAAGAUGAACAUUCUCUAAUGUUGAAUGAAGGUUAUUAUUAAUUAUCCCCAUAUAUUCCAGAAUAUAUCAAUUUUAAAUGUUUAAAAAUCAGACCAUAAACCACCACUUUUUUGUUCGUGAAGAAUAUAUAAUUAUAUAUCUGAUGUCAUAUAUGUUUUCAAAAUCUUUCUAAAAUUAUAAUGUAUACUAUAGAUGUAUUAUGUAACAACAGGUCAUUUAUCAUGGAUAAUCUUAUAUUUAUUGUGUUUUGCAAUGAUCGUUGCUACACGCAAGUGGGGAUUUUCUUGUUAAGGGCCAACUUUCUGAACUGAUUACCCCCACCCCUUCUCUCCCCACCCCCUAUUGUAGCUUUAGUAUAUUUGUUGUAUGUAGCUGGAUGCAAGCAUGGUGAGCUGUAUCACAUACUAUGUACAAUUAUCUGUUGGAAAAACAAAACGACCGAUUAAUGCAACAGGUACUUGUUAAUAAAUGUAAUCCUUAUUUUACAUCAAACCAGUAA